AUGGAGCUGCGUGCUGAGCUGCUCAAAUCCAUCUGGUAUGGCUUCACCGCUCUAGACUUGGAGAAGAGUGGAAAGGUGUCCAAAUCUCAACUAAAGGUGUUGUCCCAUAAUCUGUGCACUGUGCUGGCCAUUCCGCACGACCCAGUGGCUUUGGAGGAGCACUUUAGGGAUGAUGACGACGGCCCAGUGUCCAGUCAGGGCUACAUGCCUUACCUCAACAAAUACAUCCUGGACAAGGUUGUCGAAGGUACAUUUGAGAAGGAAAAUGUGGAUGAGCUCUGUUGGACUCUGACGGCAAAGAAGAACUAUCAGCCGGACCGAAGCAGUGGCACAGUGUUACCGGAGACGGAUGCCUUUAGACUCUGGUGCCUCUUCAACUUUCUGUCCGAGGACAAAUACCCUCUGGUGAUGGUGGCAGAUGAGGUUGAGUACCUCCUCAAGAAAAUCUGUGCAUCCAUGAGCAUCGAGUUCAACUGCGUCGACCUGGACGACUUUUUCUCCCAAGAGGCAGUGCAGCUGAGCGGCAUCACAGUGUGGGUGUUUCUUGAGCUGAUGAACUCAGGGAAGAUCACGCGAGGAGUGGACAAAGCCAUCGUCAGCAUGGCCAUUGAGGAAGUGUACCGGGAGAUUGUCGGCGAUGUUCUGAAGGAGGGUUACGUGUGGAAAAAAGGGCAGCUGAGGAGAAACUGGAAAGAGCGCUGGUUCACUCUGAGGCCCAGUGUCUUGUCUUACUACACGGGGGAGGACCGGAAGGACUGUCAAGGCAGCAUAGCCCUGGACGAGAACUGCUGUGUGGAGGUGCUACCCGACCGGGAUGGAAAGAGAUGUAUGUUCUGUCUUAAAACUAUCACCAAAACCUACGAGAUGAGUGCCUCGGACACCAAACAAAGACAGGAGUGGACCACAGCUAUACAGACAGCCAUUCGAUUACACGUGGAGGGGAAGAAGUCCUUGCACAAAGACCUGAAGCAGAAGCGUCGUGACCAGCGGGAGCUGCGGGAGCAGAGGAGGCAGUCCAAAGAGGAGGAGCUGCUGAGGCUCAGGGCACUGCAGGAGGAGCGCGAAAAGAAGCUAGCAGAACUGGAGAGUCUGAAGGAGGCGCAGAAACAGGCUCAGGACCUCCAGCAGGAGGAAGAGCUGAGGAGGAGGCAGCAACAUGAGCAACUGCAGAGAGCUCUAGAGGUGCAGUUGAAGGAGGCGGAGGAGGCACGCGUGAGCAUGCAGGCAGAGAUGGCUCUAAAGGAGGAGGAGGCCGAGCGGCAGAAAAGGAGAAUACAGGAGCUGGAGGAGAUGCAGAAGCGGCUGGAGGAGGCGCUACAGCAGGAGAUCAAAGCUCGACUCGAUGAGGAGGCUUUCCGCUACGCACAGGCCGGACUUCUGGCUGAGGAAGAGGAGAAGAUGAAGGCGCUGAUGAGUCUGCAGGAGGAGCAGGAGGAGUAUAUUCUGAAGACACAAAGGGAGAAGCAGGAGCUCAAACAGGAGAUGGAGGCCAAGUCCCGCUCUCUCGAGGAGGCGCAAAGACAGCUGGAGGAGGUCCGCGCCAACCGCCAUCGAGUCGAACAGGACGUAGUGGCCGCCCAGCGAAAACGUCGCCAGGCCAGCACAAAUGUGAAACACUGGAACGUGCAGAUGAACCGAUUGAUGAGGCCAAUUGGUCCAGGAGAGAAACGACCAUCUCUGGGAAGCUCCUUUCCCACAUUCCCAAUUCCAUCACAAAGGGACCCAGGUCUGCGCUUAAGGAGGUCUGCAUCGGAUGAGCAAGAUGAUGAGGGAAAAGAAAAUGUGGACAACAGCUCAAUAUUGACAGAGUGGGGAUAUGAUGACUACGUGACAAGAGGUUAG